AUGACAUCUCUUCCCCCAUCUUCCUACCCAACGGCUUUUCGAACAACCCUUGCAAUGGACCCCGGUCCCAGCGAAAGACCGCCAGCACUUCCUGAAUCAGAGGCGCUGCAUGGAAAGCCGCGUCGUCGCUUAGCGCCAGAUGGCUACGCGCUACUUACCGAUCAAUACAAGCUCACACCGAAUUUGACUGAACAACAUCUGCGGGAGCUCUUGCAGAGACUCCACGAGAUCCAUGGAUGUGACUGGUACACUUUCGAGGACCUCAAGCGUUACUGGAGGGGGCUGCGACAGAAGAUGGUGCCAAAAGAGGUGCCGGCAAGCACUCAUGACAUUCUGCAUCCUUCUCUAACGCCAGAGUCUAUACUCAAGCUGCAAGUACUCCUCUCAGAGAACCCUUCACCGCGCAAUGUAGAGGUUGGGAUAUGGGCACGGCGACUGGGUGCAACUCACAUCGAUGUACAGACAUGGAUUGAUCUGUGGAAGUCACACCUACCAGAGUCAAGCAAUAAGAAACAUUUGCCAACUCCUGACCCUUCCACCUCACCUGAACCGACUCAUGCCACACUUCCUCCAUUCUAUGCUACAGGAAUGUCUAAUGCAGUGUCACAGGAUUCUCAUGAAAUGCCAAAGAUGUCCCCUCAUCAGGAGAAGCAAUUUCCAUCCCUUGCUGAGGUCCAGGAGCUUGGCUUAGCCUUGAAGCAUGUACUUUCUGAAGAGAAUCCUUCCCCAGUAGCAAGAACUCCACAGGAGUUUUGCAUGUGGAUGGAUUCUCAUAAUCACAGGUUGCAGAAUUUUCUAAAUAACAUAAAGAAUGGAGAGUAUGCUCAGUUGGGAUGGGAUCCCUCCUUUGCUGGUGAUGUCCUAUCAUCAGCAGAUGGUAAAUCUUUGAAGGAAGAGUAA